AUGUCUUUUUUCGGCUUCGACCCUACACGCCCUGCUGGCCAUAACACGGCGGCGCCAGGCUUCUCUCAGACUCACGAUCCUUUCGCCGGCCUUUCGCGCGGCGAUGCCGAGGACGACGACGCUGUCGAAUUCGACGAUACGUAUGAUGGGCUAGGCGACCAACUCGAGGAGAGCGGCGAUGCUUUCAACGACGACACAUUCGGAGGUGGUGGCCCGACUACCAUCUCGAAUGCCCCUGUCGGAAAGGACUUCGACUUCUUUGGCCAAACGGCAAAGGUGUCUGACGCCAUCGAAGAGGAGCAGGUUCGCUACAGCCGCCAAGUUCCUGCCGCCAAGCCUGUUCCCGCUCCUGCGCCCGUUCAGCAGCAUUAUCAGCAAGCCCAACAUCCGCAGCAAUACUACUACCCCCAGAGCCAGCAGGCCCCCAGACCUGUUCGCACUGGCUAUGAGAAGUACAAGGAUGCGGAACCCAUUCCCGACCUGCACGUCGACGCGUCGCUUUGGGGCAUGCCUUCCAAGAAGACCGCUAUUCCCGAGCCUUCCCCGAAGCCGCAGGCUGUCCCGUCCGCCAGCAGGAAGGUCAUGAGUUUGGAAGAGGUGGAGAAGGCAAUGCGAGAGCAAGCCACCCAACGAACCCCUCAGCCAGCUUUCUCGGAAUCUGCGCCGCCUCCUCAGGGCUAUCCAGGGCCUGAGUACGGCUACGGACGGCCCGAGCCUGCCCAACAGCAGUCCUUCCAUGGUGUUGAACAUCAUCAACAGCGUGGUGGCCAGCCUCAACAGCAUCCUGGCCAUGGACAUCCCGUACAGAUUCUGCAGAGACCUCAGUCUAUUACCUCCAAGCCGACUCCGCCUGUUCAAGGAACUCCCAGCCCGCUUGCUCAGCCUCCUCACUCCCAAGCCCCGCCUUCGCAGCCGACUCAGAUUCUUCAGAACCCGAACAGACUCUCAGGUGAUGCCGCACGGCUUGGCGCUCAUGGCCCUCAAGCUCAUCACCAGGCCCACGGCCACCAAGGACACCGUUCGCAAGGUUCCAUGGGACGCGUUCCAUCCGCCAAUCAGCAGCAGCAGCAGCAGCAUCUUGCGCACCUGUCAGAGGACGAGAAGGCCGCUUACCUUGAUCAAGAAACCAAACGUGCUAAGCGCAAUCACAAGAUUUGGCUCUUGUCCAAGGACAAUGGCCUUAUGACACCCCAAGACAAGAAUUUCGUUACCCGCAUCCAGCUGCAGCAACUGGUCUCGGCCACUGGCAACCCUAUUGACAACACCAACGAUGAUUCCUUAACUGAGGAUUUCUACUACCAGGUCCUUAGCCAAAUCCGUGGCGGCCAGCGUCAGAACCCCAACCAGCCGUUGAACAACUUUGCUCAAACCUACCUCUUCCAAACCGGCAGCCGCCAGGGCAACAUGAGAAGACAGGGACGGGCGGCAGAAAACCAUGUUCAGCGAAUGGAGCAGCAAGUUCAACGUGCUGUCGAGGCUGCCAAGAACAAGCCGAAGAACCCCCAGCUGGUCAUCGCUGGUAGUCUCGGAAAGAUUUCCUUCAGCAAUGCAAAGACGCCCAAGCCCCUCCUGAACAUCAAGCGAACUGACAGCAGUGGAGAUGCCAACCGUCCUGGUAACGGCAAGCGCCAUGGCGAGUCGAACAGUCUGGAUCGCAAGGCCAUCCUGCGAAACAUUGAGAAGGUCUAUAACACCAUCAUGAAGAUGGAAGACCACGCCCGCUUCAUUCCCCCUCCUCCCACAAAUGGAAACGACGAAGAGUUCCACGCUAAGCACCAAGAGUGGUUGGAGACGGCUCAAGCCUACAAUGCCCAGCUCUGGAAUGAUCUCAAGGUUCAUGAGCCUAUUGGCGCUACCACCCUCCACCCCUUCAUUGCAUUCCUAUCCUUCCCCAAGGGAAAGAAGGCCAUUCCCCGCGUCUUCCGCCACAUCAGCUUCGAACAGCGCACCACGAUUUUGACCAUGAUCAUUAUCCACCUGGACCAGCUUGAUGUGGUUUAUGGAGCACAGACCACCGACGGCGAAGUCAGCCUCAAUGCGGCUAUGCGUGAGAGCAUUGAGCUUUUCUCGGCAGCCGUCAUGCCGAGCCUGUUUGCUUACUUCAACGAGACGGAGUUGGACAUUGUGACGGGCGUUCUUGGUCUUAUUAGCACCAAGUUGAACAUUGAUCUCAUUGCCAAGACUCGGGUUGGAUGCUCAAUGCUGACUCUCAUUCUGAGCCGAGCCGAGCUUCUGAAGCAAGGUGGCGGAGGUAGCCCUCAGCUGUGGGCUGAGUGGGAACAAACCUUCAACAUGUUCUUCAACAAGCUUGAGCCCACCCUCCAUCACAUCUUCCCCGGCAGCGUCAACACGGGAGAAGACGUUGUGGUUUGGCAGCUCCUCGCUGCGGUUGGUGUCAGUGCCAACCCUGAGCAGCAGCAACGCCUGGUCCUUGCUGUCAAGGACCGCGUCCUCGACACCGUCGCGCACGCAAAGACGCUCCCGGGCGCCAUGGCAACUACUCGGUUGGCCACUGUCAACCUCUUCAUGCACUCCAUUGGUUUGGAUGUCGAAUUGCUUCAGUAA